CGCGGCCGGCGCCGAGCCAUGGAGCCUGAGCCAGUUGAGGACUGUGUGCAGAGCACACUUGCUGCCUUGUACCCACCUUUUGAAGCCACAGCCCCUACCUUGCUGGGUCAGGUGUUCCAGGUGGUGGAGAGGACUUACCGGGAGGAUGCGCUGAGAUACACACUGGACUUCCUGGUUCCAGCCAAGCACCUGCUUGCCAAGGUCCAGCAGGAAGCCUGUGCCCAGUACAGUGGAUUCCUCUUCUUCCAUGAGGGCUGGCCUCUCUGCCUGCAUGAGCAGGUGGUGGUACAGCUAGCAGCCUUGCCUUGGCAGCUGCUGCGCCCAGGAGAUUUCUACCUGCAGGUGGUACCUUCAGCAGCCCAAGCACCUCGGCUGGCACUCAAAUGCCUGGCCCCAGGGGGUGGGAGGGUGCAGGAGUUGCCUGUGCCCAAUGAGGCCUGCGCCUACUUGUUCACACCUGAGUGGCUACAAGGCAUCAACAAGGACCGGCCAACAGGUCGUCUCAGCACCUGUCUGCUCUCUGCACCUUCUGGAAUUCAGCGGCUGCCCUGGGCUGAGCUCAUCUGUCCACAGUUUGUGCACAAAGAGGGCCUCAUGGUUGGGCAUCAGCCAAGCACACUGCCCCCAGAACUGCCAUCUGGACCCCCAGGGCUUCCCAGCCCUCCACUCCCUGAGGAGGUGCUGGGCACCCGGAGUCCUGGGGAUGGGCAUAAUGCUCCUGCAGAAGGCCCAGAGGGUGAGUAUGUGGAGCUGUUGGAGGUGACGCUGCCUGCAAGGGGGAGCCCUAUGGAUGCUGAGGGCUCUUCAGGUCUCUCCAGGACCCGCACAGUACCCACUCGCAAGAGUGCUGGGGGAAAGGGCCGCCACCGGAGACAUAGAGCAUGGAUGCACCAGAAGGGCCUCGUGCCUCGGGACCAGGAUGGGGCACGACCACCUGGUGAGGGGAGCAGUACUAGAACCUCCCCUGGGUCUCCCCCAGGAUCUGAGACUGUCCUGGAGGGGUCUGAGCCCCCAGCAGAGAACCUGGAAGAAACAUCGGAAUCUUGUCCCCUUCAGCCAGGGGAGGCUGGAGGAGCAGGCCCGGGGACUGAAGUACCACCUGGUACCCCUCGAAGAACAGGCAAGGGAAACAGGAGAAAAAAGCGAGCUGCAGGCAGAGGGGCUCUUAGCCGAGGAGGGGACAGUGCCCCUCACAGCCCUGGAGAAAAGGAGGAGACCAAAUACCAGGAAACCCAUAUCAAUAUGCCCUUACCAAAUGAACACAAGCUUCCAGAAUGUGGCCUGGUUAAGGAGAACGAAGGCUUGAGGAAGUUGGAAUCUGAGCCAACAGAAGAACUCACACCAGCAGAUGAAAAAGAGAGUAAGCCCCCAGAAGACUGUGGGCCGACAGAAGAGGGUGCCAGAGAGACAAAGCAAGAGGACAUGAGCCCGGUACAUAUGGCAGGAUCCACAGGUCCAGAGGGGUUCCUGUCUGAACCCCCAACACAACCCCUGGAGACUGUGCAGGAAGUAAAAGGAGAGAACACUACAGAAGAGGCCCCUUCAGCCCCCAUCUCUGAUGAUCCCGUUAUAGCUUGGGACUUGAUGGCAUCUGGAUUCUUCGUCCUGACUGGUGGGAUAGACCACAGUGGACGAGCUCUACUGACCAUUACCCCUCCAUGCCCUCCUGAGGAGCCCCCAACCUCUCCAGACACUCUGAGCACUGUUCUUCAUUAUCUGCACUCACUGCUCAGGCCUGAUCUGCAGCUAUUGGGGCUGUCGGUUCUGCUGGACCUUCGCAAGGCAUCCUCGCUGCCUUCUGCACUUAUUCCCAUCCUGAAUCAACUUCAGAACUCAGGAGACCCUCCCCUUAUUCAGCGGCUACUAAUUCUUACCCAGGAUGCUCUUCAGACUGAACUCUAUGGAUUUCAGGGUGCUGAGUUGCUGUCAGAGAAUGAACUGAAAAGAGUGGCCAAGCCAGAGGAACUGCAGUGGGACCUAGGAGGUCACAGGGACCUCUCUCCAAGCUACUGGGUAGAGGUACAUCAGGAAGUGGCGAGGCUAUGUACCCUGUGUCGGGGUGUGCUGGGCUCUGUACGACAGGCAAUUGAGGAGCUAAAGGGAACAGCGGAGCCAGAGGGAGAGCAGGUAGUGGGAAUGCCUAAACCCCUGCAGAAGAUACUAGCAGAUUCUCGGCUGACAGCUUUACAGAGGGACGGAGGAGCCAUCCUGAUGAGACUUCGUUCCACCCACAGCAGCAAGCUGGAGGGCCCAGGUCCAGCCACACUAUACCAGGAGGUGGAUGAAGCCAUCCACCAGCUUGUGCGCCUCUCCAACCUUCAUGUUCAGCAACAAGAGCAACAGCAGCGCCGGUACCGACUCCAACAGGUGCUGCAAUGGCUCACAGGCCCAGGCAAGGAGCAGCUGGCUAACUUUUCUGUGCCUGGUGACUCCCUGUCUGCCUUGCAAGAGACAGAGCUUCGAUUCCGGGCUUUUAACACUGAGGUUCAGGAACGCCUGGCUCAGGCCCGGGAAGCCUUGGAUCUGGAGGAGGACACUACUUCUCAGAAGGUUCUGGAUGUCUUUGAACAGCGCUUGGAGCAGGUAGAAAGUGGCCUCCAUCGGGCCCUGAGGCUUCAGCGCUUCUUCCAGCAGGCACACGAGUGGGUAGAUGAGGGCUUCGCUAAACUAGCAGGAGCUGGGCCCAGUCGUGAGUCUGUGCUGGCAGCCCUUGCCCUGCGUCGGGCCCCAGAGCCCAGUGCUGGCACCUUCCAGGAGAUGCGGGCUCUGGCUUUGGACCUGGGCAGCCCAGCAGCCCUUCGAGAAUGGGGCCACUGCCGAGCUCGCUGCCAAGAGCUGGAAAAGAGGAUUCAACAACAGCUGGGAGAAGAGGCCAGUCCUCGGGGCCACCGGCGACGACGGGCAGACAGUGCCAGCAGCGCAGGGGCCCAGCAGGGCUCCCACAGCCCCUCACCCAGCCUCAGCUCUCUGCUACUGACCAGCAGCCCUGGGCCGCGGGCAGCCCCAUCACAUUGCUCCUUGGCCCCCUGUGGGGAAGACUAUGAGGAUGAGGUCCUUGAGCUGGCUCCAGAAGCUGACAGCAGGCCCCCAAGAGCCGUGCUAAUCCGAGGCCUUGAGGUCACCAGUACUGAGGUGGUAGACAGAACAUGCUCACCUCGGGAACAUGUACUCCUGGGCCGGGCUGGGGGGCCAGAUGGUCCCUGGGGAGUAGGCACCCCACGGAUGGAACGCAAACGAAGCAUCAGUGCCCAACAGCGCCUGGUAUCUGAACUGAUCGCCUGUGAGCAAGAUUAUGUGACCAUUCUGAGUGAGCCGGUGCCACCCCCAGGGCCUGAGCUGACUCCUGAACUUCGGGGCACCUGGGCUGCUGCCCUGAGUACCCGGGAGAGACUUCGAAGCUUCCACCGCACACAUUUCCUGCAGGAGCUUCAGGGCUGCGCCACCCACCCUCUGCGCAUCGGGGCCUGCUUCCUUCGACAUGGGGACCAGUUCAGCCUCUAUGCGCAGUUCGUGAAGCACCGACACAAACUAGAGAAUGGUCUGGCAGUGCUCAGCCCCCCAGCCAAGGGAUCCAUGGAAAGUGGUCCUAGUUUGCCUCGAGCCCUGCAGCAGCCCCUGGAACAGCUGGCUCGAUAUGGACGGCUCUUGGAGGAGCUCCUGCAUGAAGCUGGGCCUGAGCUGAGUUCUGAGCGCCAGGCCCUUGGGGCUGCUGUUCAGUUGCUCCGGGAACAAGAGGCCCGAGGUAGAGAUCUGCUAGCUGUGGAAGCAGUGCGAGGCUGUGAGAUAGAUCUGAAGGAGCAGGGGCAGCUCUUGCAUCGGGACCCAUUCACUGUUGUCUGCGGCCGGAAGAAAUGCCUUCGCCAUGUCUUUCUUUUUGAACACCUGCUUCUAUUCAGCAAACUCAAAGGCUCUGAUGGCGGGUUGGAGACCUUUGUUUACAAGCAGGCUUUUAAGACUGCUGACAUGGGGCUGACAGAAAACAUUGGGGAAAGUGGACUGUGUUUUGAGCUGUGGUUUCGGCGACGGCGUGCACGAGAGGCAUACACUCUGCAGGCAACCUCACCAGAGAUCAAACUCAAGUGGACAAGUUCUAUUGCCCAGCUGCUAUGGAGACAGGCAGCCCAUAACAAGGAGCUCCGAGUGCAGCAGAUGGUCUCCAUGGGCAUUGGUAAUAAACCUUUCCUGGACAUCAAAGCUCUUGGGGAACGGACACUGAGUGCCUUGCUCACUGGAAGAGUUGUUGUAAGAAGCCAGGAGGACUUUCCCACACCAGCACUCCCCCACUCCCCACUCUCUGCAGCCGCCCGCACCCGGGCCUCAGUGGCCGUGUCAUCCUUUGAGCAUGCCGGCCCCUCCCUUCCCGGUUUCUCGCCGGGAGCCUGCUCCCUGCCUGCUCGCGUCGAGGAGGAGGCCUGGGAUCUGGACGUCAAGCAAAUUUCCUUGGCCCCAGAAACACUCGACUCUUCUGGAGAUGUGUCCCCAGGACCAAGAAACAGCCCCAGCUUGCAACCCCCUCAUCCUGGGAGCAGCACUCCCAUUCUGGCCAGUGGAGGGAUCUUAGGGCUAUCUCGACAGAAUCAUGCCCGAGCCCUGAGUGACCCUACCACGCCUCUGUGACCCAGAGGAGAUCCAGAACUUGGCUGUUGCUCCCCCUUCUCAGCACAUUUUAGGCUGGGAAGCCAGUGAGACAUAAUGGAGGACUAGGAGAGCUCUGAAUUCUCUCUGCUUCCUGGACAGAGGAGGACCACAGCAUGCCCCUGCUACUGCUAUCUCUAGCUCUCCCCUGCUUGGUGCCUUCUGCUUCAACAACAAAGCAACCACACUUGCUAGCCUUCUUUACCCUGUGGAGGUGGGGAAAUUAUCCCUCUUCCAGUCCUUCCCCAUCCUGUGCCACUGCACCCCACAGGACACAGCUCUGCUGACAGCCUGUUUCUCUUCUUAUCCCACGACUCUCCCAGAGAAGAUUUGAGCUGUCCUUGGAGUUCCUGGUGACUCCAUUCUGGGGUGUCUUGGGAAAGGGAGCUUAUACAAACCAUUGAAGGAGUGGGCCAGGAACUGCAGACUUUAUAUAUGUAAUUAUUCUUAUUGUACUAUUGUUAUAUUAAAUGUAUUUACUCAUACUCUGCCUCUCAGGAGCCAAAGCAGUCCUCUGAAUUACAGUGUUCCUACUAACUUAAACACUUCCCCUCAACUAUUA